GUGGCUGCCAUUCACGAAUGGGGAAAUUAGAUCUUGUGCGAUUUGCCCAUCUGCGACAAUGGGCGCGAUUAUGCGGGAAAGCGAUGAGAUCUUUUUUCAUUUGGAGUUCGGCGAUUUGCAUUAUCUCUACUCUCUCAACCCCGGCCUUGCCUACUUUGUUCAGAGAUAUGGUACCCAAACUGAAGUGACUGGCUCCCUUUUCUCUCUCUCUGGUCACGGUAACACAACCUAUGAUGAAUGUGACGCUGCAGGAACGCAUCUAACCGUGCUGCUGUGGAUUCAGAGAUCUGAUUUCUUUGUAUUCCGUUCAAAAUUGCCAGAUUGGGACCAUACAUGGAUGGUUAUGUAUAGAUGGUUGGAAUGAGGAAGUAGAAUACGUUUGAGAAGCCCUAUCAUUUCGUACUGUGAUGCCAAUAUGACUUGUUGGCGAUAUGUAGGAUACUGUAAAACAGGCUAUUUGUAAGAUGAAAUAGAAUAAAAUACCCCACCA